AUGAAGGCUACUCUCUUCGCUUCCGCUGCGGCAGCGACGUUGGUUGGACUCGUGUCGUCGAGCCCAAUUGAUGCCCGAGGCGAGAAGUGGACUGCCUGGAAGGAGAACAAAUCGCCCUUCCACUUUACUUCGGUAUAUCACGUCGUUGCCACACCCGACCAGGUAGUCAAUGGCACCACUCCGACUCCCGGCGAACCUGGUGCGAUCGGGUACUACAACUACGGCAUAAACAGCGAGUUGGACGUCAUCUGCUAUAACAUCACCCUGAAAGGAGUUACUGGUGGUUACCAAUCCGCUGCAAAGACUGCGACUCAUAUCCACGAGGCUGCCAAAGGCGCGAGCGGUCCUCCAAGGAUCGCCUUCCCCAACCCACUACCAAUUAGCGACGAUCCCUCCGUCGUUCGCCGAUCUGUUGGUUGUUUGACUGGGCCUUUCGAAACUGGUAUCUUGUCGAACGGAGUGGACACUGGUGCAGGCUUCAUGGUCAAGGAGAUUGAGGAGAACCCCGCCGGUUUCUUCACUGACGCGCACACGAUGAAAUAUGUCCCUGGUGUGGUCAGAGGACAAUUAGCUUGA